CACACCGCAGCAGGAGGAGCUGGAGGAGAGGUCGGGAAGUUGCUCAGGGAUUUCUGACAGUCAUGGAAAAUGUUGAGGUUCAGCAACACAGAGGAAAAUGACCGCAGCUCGACUUAGUUCAUGAGUCUAGUUCACGUCAAAGUUUUCGGGUCUGACACGAGGGCAAAGGUAGAAUUCAAUGAGUUCUGCGGAGGAGCGGCGUAACGCUGGAGCUGGACACAGAAAUGGAGGUGGUGCGGUUAAAGGAUUUGUCCACAAAGACUGUUCUCGGCAUCCAUCCCUAAAUGAUUCACUUGAGGGAGAAAUUCAGGCUUUCCUCACUGAUGAAGAUCAACUCCACACUUAUGACGACCUCACUAAAGUCAAUCCUGUGACCCCUAAAACAGUGCUGAAAUGCCUUCGUGCCAGGUACAGAGUGAAGGUGUUCUACACAAAUGCUGGCUGUACAUUGGUGGCUCUGAAUCCCUUCCAGCCAAUCCCAGACCUCUACUCUCUGGACGUGAUGAAGGAGUAUCAUUCUGCUUCUCAGCCUCAGGAGUUCAAACCACACAUUUUUAUUGUGGCAGAAGAAGCCUACAGGAACGUUCAGGGUCAGCUGGAGCCAGUAAACCAAUCCUUGGUGGUCAGCGGUGAGAGCGGUGCUGGAAAGACGUGGACAUCUCGUUGCCUAAUGAAAUACUAUGCCACUGUGGCGGCCUCCUCCUCGGUGGUGAAGAGUCAGAACACAGUGGAGAGGAUAGAGAGGAGGGUGCUGGACUCCAACCCCAUUAUGGAAGCAUUUGGCAAUGCCUGCACGUUACGGAACAACAACAGCAGCCGCUUUGGGAAAUACAUCCAGCUCCAGCUAGACAGGUGUCAGCUGUUAGUGGGGGCGUCUGUGCAAACAUACUUGCUGGAGAAGACCAGGGUGGCCUGUCAACCGGCCAAUGAGAGGAACUUCCACAUCUUUUACCAGAUGAUGAAAGGGGCCACAGAUGAACAGAGAAAGGAGUGGAAGAUGCCAGAUGGCCAAAGAUUUGUGUGGCUGCCAAAGGCUGAAAAAAUUGUUGAGGAGGAUUGUUUCAAUGAGACUGUUGAGGCAAUGGUUCACCUGGGCAUUAAUAAAGAAAGACAGAGACAAAUAUUCGGGAUUUUAGCAGGGCUUCUGCAGCUGGGGAAUGUGAAUUUCUCAUCUUCAACCGAUGAAUCACAACCUUGUGACAUAGAAGAGCAGUCUCAAGACUUCCUGCAGAGGGCUGCUGAGCUGCUGUGUGUCCCUGCUGAGGAGCUUCAGAUGUGUUUAAGAGUGAGGACUCUGAAGGCGGGGAAGCAGAGUGUGCUCAAGCCUUGUUCCCAGGCAGAGUGCAGCAUGAGGAGAGACUGCCUGGCCAAGGUCACCUACGCCCAUUUAUUCGAGUGGCUGGUUACACUCAUCAACAACAGCAUAUGUGCGGACAAAUCCACAUGGUGCAACUUCAUAGGGGUCCUAGAUGUCUAUGGGUUUGAGUGUUUCCAGGUCAAUAACCUGGAGCAGCUGUGCAUCAACUACGCCAAUGAGAAACUGCAGCAGCACUUUGUGGCCCAUUAUCUCAGAGCUCAACAGGAGGAAUAUGUGUCAGAGGGGCUGCAGUGGUCCUUUGUCAAAUACCAAGACAACCAGAGCUGCCUGGACCUUAUAGAGGGGAGUCCAGUCAGUGUUUUCUCUCUUCUGAACGAGGCGAGUCGUCUUAAUCGAACCUCAGACGCCAAGACAUUUAGGGUUCGUUUGGAGAAGGAGCUCUCUGAUAACGUCAACAUCAGCUGGGACAAGUUCAGCGAGGUGCCGCACUUCACUGUGGCCCAUUACGCUGGCAAAGUCGACUACCAGAUCCAGGGCAUGGUGGAUAAAAACAAGGACCCAGUGCCACCAGAGCUCGUCGGCCUGCUUCAGAAGUCUGGUAACUCCCUGCUUCAGCAAAUGUUCACUGAUGACGAAACUGAGAACCUGACGAAAAAGGGGCUCAGUAAUGUAACGGUGGUUUCCAAGUUCAAGAAUUCUCUGGAGAGUUUAAUGAAGAUCCUCCACAGCACAACUCCUCAUUACACCCGCUGCAUCAAACCGAACCCGGACUGCAAGCCGCUGACCUUCCAGAAGGAGGAGGUUGUCAUGCAGCUGGAAGCCUGUGGGAUUGUGGAGACCAUACACAUCAGUGCUGCCGGCUUUCCAAUAAGAAUUCCUUUCAACAGCUUCAUCCAGCGUUACGGGCUAAUUGCAAAGUAUUCGAGGUUCCCCUCAGAGAGUUGUUGUAUUGAUUUGGACGCUGACAACAGUGACAUGAUUCAUCAAGAGGUGGAGAAGCUCCUCAGGGUGGUGUCACAGCUCCAGGCUUUAGACCCCUCACUCUGCUUUGACAGCGAAAAACCCUAUUCAUGGGUGCACUGUGGAAGGACUAAAGUUUUUCUCACCCAGUACAUGCUAGAUUGGCUAGAAGGUCAGAGGAAGAAGAUCCUGUCUCUGUGCGCCUUCUCCAUUCAGUGCUGCUGGCUGCGGUACCAGCGACGCAGACGCCACGCCUGUCGAACGUCUGCUACUCUGAUCCAAGCAGCGGUGCGGUCCUGGCUGGUCAGGAGGCAGGUCCAGAGGUGGAACAGAGCAGCUGCAGUCAUCCAGAACACAUGGAGGAAGUGGAGGGAUAUGUUAACAGCCUUGGCUGAGGCAGAACUUGAUGACGCUGAGGACUUUGUCGAAGAGGAUGUGCCAACAUUGAACCCUGUUAUCAGCCAAAGGGGCUCAGUGCAGCUUUCUACCAUCCAAGAGCCUGUCAUAGUGCGAGGGUGGCCCAUGGGCCUGGCUCUGGCUUCAGCCCCAUCCAUCACUUUAUCUAUGACCGCCACAGGCUUCCAGAAGAUGAUAUCGUUGAUGGCUUCUCUCAACCUGCCCUCCAAAAGAGGGGAAUACGCUUCUCUCAACCUGCCCUCCAAAAGAGGGGAAUACAAAGUGGAGACCAACCAGUACACGCAGGGGCUUGCCUCCAUACGGGCUCAACCCAAGGGAUCUGUAAAGCUGCACUUUCGUCGAUCUCCACUUCUCUACGCUGACAGGCCCCCAGACCUGAAGUGUGACGUGACAGGGUUCAACGAGAUCCUGCUGGAGAAAACGUUAUAAGAGUUUCCUCUUUGCAGAACACUAAAGCCGGAUUUCAUGCAUUACCUGGCACAGUGGAAUCAAACCUGGUAUUUUAUGCUGCCUUUUGCAUGUUUUUGUAACUGAAAAGGGUAGGACUUUGAAGACUGCCAAAGUAAAGCUUCCUUAGUGGAAUACAAGGGUGGAGAGAUCAGCACCUUUUGAAUAAUGAAUAUUGACACUUUUAGACCCUUGAAUGUUAAACAUCUCAGUCAGUCGAUGAACACUGCCCUCUGCUACAUUUGAGAUGAGGCAGGUUAAAAUAAUGUUAAACUCUGUUGGCAUGUGUCCCACAUAUUGAAAACAAACAUUUUUUAUAUUCGUAAAGUCUCAAGAUCACAAUCGCAGCACAUUUAAGAACGGGACUGCAGUCUUAUUAUGCAUCUUUAGAACAUCUGAUUAGUGAUCAAAGUAUUGAACCUUGGACAAGUGCCUUUUUUCUAAAUCUACACUCAAAUGAUUAAAGUGCUGUUAGUAUAUCUAUUUAUUUAAAGGUGAUUAUUUAUGGGAUUUUAUAGAUUUUGUAAUGGUUUAAGAGCAGUGGUGAUGCAGCUGCACUAUUGAUGAUCGCAGAUGUUGACUUCCAGCACUCGUUUGACAGUAGCUGGUGCUGAAGUAGAUGGUAAAUACCGUGGUAUUGCACAGGAAUUUGCACAUAUUGUACAUUUAAACCACACACAUGCUCAUAUACUGACAAAGAAAAACAUGAACAAGCAAAACAUAACUGAGACUGAGAAAGGAUGAACCCAGGUUUAUUCAUAUUGCUGCUGUUUGAUAAAUAAUCUUUAUAAUAUGCACAUCAUUUGUUUAUCAGCGGCAUCCCAAAGCAAUGAGCGUACUGUAUGAUUUAUCAGUCUUUGUACACUAAAGUUUGUGUGGGAACAAACAUGGUCGUUUUAUAUUAUUCAGUUUAAUCAUAGAAAACCUUUUUUGCUAUGCAACUAGACAUGACGCUAGAAUCUUAACGAUGUUCAUCCUCGAACUUUUGAUCCAACACAUCACGCACAUGUUCAGCUCUUUCGAUUCAAACAAGCUUUCUGAAUAAUGGCCUGCUGUGGAUCCAUGUAAAUGUACAUGUGGGUCACUAUGUUCUGUUCAAACUGUUUGUCAGGGAUCCAUGUACAAAACUUAAAUUGUUGAUCUAAAUUAAUGUUUUGAUGAAAUAAAUAUCAGUGUUAUAAAGUA